AUGAACUUGUCAGAUUCAACAAUUGAACACCAACUAAGUAAAUUCAACUAUAUAAAUGAUACUCCAGUACUUAUCAAAGAUGUUCUUAGCGAAGAGCAGAUUAUUAAUAUUGUGUUGAAUGAACAACAGGAAUUAGAAAAAGGUAAUACAAGCAAUACUGAUAAAGAACCACCUAAAAUUCCUAUUAUAGAAGGAUUAAAUGAACUAAAAAAAUUUAUUGGUUUUGUUGAGCAGCAGCAAAAUUUGAUAACCUGA